AUGACUACAAAGUUUGAUUACGUUGUGUGCUCCAUUGAGGAGUCAAAUGACAUUGAGAAGCUUCCAAUUGAUGAGCUACAGAGUUCCUUGCUUGUUCAUGAGCAGAAGAUCAAUCAGAGUACAUAUGAGGAACAUGCAUUGAAAGUUUCAACAAAUAGUGAUUCUCCGGCAGUAAGAGGUCAUGGUGGUCGUGGACGAGGACGUGGUAGAGGCGGCAGCCAUGGAAGAGGUCUAGGUAGCAGAGAUGGGAACAAAUCUAAUGAUGAUUCUGGCAGUAACAGCAGAGGAUAUUGUAUUUCUGGAGGCAACAGCAGUAGAGGCCGAAGGCAGUUAUACAAUCAUGAUUCAAAUGUCGACAAAUCAAAUGUCAACUGUUUCAGGUGUUGCAAUUAUGGUCAUUACAGGUCUGAAUGUUACACAAAUAUGAAUAAAACAAAGGGUGUAAUGGCGAAUUUUGCAGAGAAAGAGAAAGAAGAUGAUGAGGCUAUUCUAAUGGUGUGUCAAACCAUGGAAAAAACACAAAAGAAUGUGUGGUACUUGGAUACAGGUUGCAGUAAUCACAUGUGUGGAGAAAAGUCAAUUUUCUCUACCUUAGAUGAAAGUUUCACAACUACAGUAAGAUUUGGAGAUGACAGCAAAGUUUCUAUUUUGGGAAAAAGAGAUAUCAAAAUUUGGGCUAAAGAUAACAUUGUCCAUACUAUCUCUAGUGUUUUCUUUGUUCCGAGUUUGAAGAGCAAUUUGCUGAGCUUGGGACAACUGCAUGAAAAGGGAUAUGAGAUGAAGAUUACAGGAGGAGCUUGUCAAAUUCAUGACCAAAAGAGGGGCUUAAUUGCUAAGGCUUACGUGACGACAAAUCGAAUGUUUCCAUUACAUAUUCAAAGUGAUGGUUCUAAAUGUUUCUCUGCCAAGGUCAAUGCUCCAGCAUGUCUAUGGCAUUUAUGCUAUGGUCAUCUGAAUUUUAGAGGUUUGAAGACGCUACAUGAUAAAGAGAUGGUGACUAGCCUUCCUCAGAUAACCUGUCCAACUAAAGUUUGUGAAGUUUGUGUUGUUGGAAAACAGCAUAAGGAAACCUUUCCGAAGGCAAAAGCAUGGCGGGCUAGAAGACCUCUUGAGCUGGUCCAUUCAGAUAUUGGUGGGCCAAUAACUCCAGCUUCCAACGCCGGAAAAAGGUACUUUAUAACAUUCAUUGAUGAUUACAGCAAAAAAACAUGGGUUUAUUUCUUACAGGAGAAAUCAGAAGCCUUAAAUGCAUUCAAACACUUUAAGGCGGCUGCUGAGAAUGAGAUAGAGAAGACGAUCAAGGUUCUUCGAACUGAUUGUGAUGGAGAAUACAAUUCAAAAGCCUUUGAAAAUUUAUGUGCUAUACAUUGCGUUCAUCGACAGCUUAUACACCUUAGCAGAACGGUGUGGCAGAGAGGAAGAAUCGCAUGGAGCAGCCGUAAACCAUCAGUUGGUUACUUCAAAGUUUUUGGUUGCAUUGCAUAUGCAUGUAUUCCAGACGAGAAAAGGAAGAAGCUUGAUGACAAAGGUGAAAGAUGUGUCUUUCUUGGCAUAAGUGAAGUUUCCAAGGCAUACAAGUUAUUCAAUCCUGUGUCCAAAAAGAUUAUUAUUAGCCAAGAUGUUGUAUUUGAUGAAGAGAAGACAUGGAAUUGGAGUGAUGAUGUUUCUCUACAGCAGCAGAACAUUCCAGUCAAUUUUGAUGAUAACGUGGAGCCACAACAGUGCAUUCCGACACCAACUUCAUCAGUUGUUCCAGCACCAACUUCUUCAGUUGUUCAAGCACUAGUUGUUCCACAAUUGGAGCCCAGGCUGCAAGUUCAUCUAGUGCACGACCCCAACGUUUAA